AUGUUUCAGAUCGGCGUUCUCAACCAAACUUGCACAGGCGGUUUUGGGUUCAGAAAAACAUGCCCAGAUGGUUGGCUUAAACGUUUAUCAUCAUGCUAUUACUUCGCAAAAUCAAGUGUCACCUGGGACCAUGCCAGAUCCAUUUGUCAAUCUCAUGGUGGUGAUUUAUUUGUUCCUGAUGAUAGCACUGAACAAUUGGAGAUAUGGAACCUCUCUCGAGCUUUGUAUUUACCAUGGAUUGGUGUAAAAUUGCCCUAUGCUAACGCCAAUGCUUUUUAUACAGUUCAUGAUGUGCCAGUAUCCUACUCUAAUUUUCAAUAUCCUGAGCCAAACAACCUUCAUUCAGAACUUUGUGUCCUACUUUACGAACACAUUAAUGCAUGGAAUAAUAUUCCAUGUGACCAUGAUCGCGACUACAUAUGUGAGCGAGAUCAAAUCGCAUAA